GCAAGAAUACCGCCCCCGCUAAUGACGCCUCCCGAGGCGAAGGACGCAGAUUAAACGGGGGGCGAUCGGCAGCAGCAGCGCGUCUCAUUAAUAGAAAAACUCGUCGACGCAAUGGGCAGCACCGACUCCAAACUCAACUUUAGGAAAGCGGUGAUUCAGCUGACGACCAAAACUCAGCCAGUGGAGGCCACGGACGAUGCCUUCUGGGACCAGUUCUGGGCAGACACCACCACCACAGUCCAGGAUGUUUUUGCACUGGUGCCCGCAGCAGAGAUAAGAGCCGUUCGAGAGGAGUCGCCCUCAAAUCUAGCAACCCUGUGCUACAAGGCCGUAGAGAAGCUGGUGCAGGGGGCGGAGUCUGGCUGCCCCACGGAGAAGGACAAGCAGGUGGUGCUGAACUGUGCUCGUAUUCUGACGCGCAUCCUGCCUUAUAUCUUUGAGGACCAAGACUGGAGAGGAUUCUUCUGGUCAACGGUGCCUGGAGCGGGGCGGGCCGGGACAGAUGAGCUGGAUGAUGAUGAUGGAGCGAGACCACUGGCUGAGUCGCUGCUCCUGGCUGUUGCUGACCUGCUCUUUUGCCCUGAUUUCACUGUGCAUAGCCACAAGAGGGGCCCUGACUCUGUGGAGAACAUGCAGACUAUAGACAGCUGUGAGUACAUCUGGGAGGCAGGGGUGGGAUUUGCUCAGUCUCCGCCACUCAAUUACAUCCAUGACCUGAACAGGACAGAGUUGCUGAGGUUGUUGCUUACAUGCUUCUCUGAGGCCAUGUACCUGCCUCCUUCAACGGACAACAGCGUCCUCAACCCCUGGGUGACGUUUUUCUGUUCCACAGAAAAUAGACACACUUUGCCUCUGUUCACAUCUUUGCUCAACGUGGUGUGUGCUUAUGAUCCAGUGGGCUAUGGCAUCCCGUACAACCACCUCCUGUUUUCUGACUACCGAGAGCAGCUCGUGGAGCAGGCCGUACAGAUCCUUAUUGUCACACUGGAACACGAUGGGGGGGUGGCCCAGCGGCCCGCCUCCCCAUCCAGCAUGGAGGAUCAGGAGCCUACUGGACCAGAAAACCUGUUUGUCAAUUAUUUGUCACGAGUCCACAGAGAAGAGGACUUUGACUUUGUGUUGAAGGGUCUAGCUCGCCUGUUGACCAAUCCUUUGACUCAGACAUAUUUGCCUAAUUCAACUAAGAAGAUCCAGUUCCAUCAAGAGCUACUUGUGCUUUUCUGGAAACUGUGUGAUUUCAAUAAGAAGUUCCUGUUUUUUGUCUUGAAGAGUAGUGAUGUGCUGGAUAUUCUGGUUCCUAUCCUCUUCUACUUGAAUGAUGCCAGGGCUGACCAGUCCCGUGUCGGACUCAUGCACAUCGGUGUGUUCAUAUUAUUGUUGCUGAGCGGGGAGAGAAACUUUGGUGUACGCUUGAAUAAGCCAUACUCCAUUCAUGUACCUAUGGACAUCCCAGUGUUCACAGGGACACAUGCUGACCUGCUUGUCGUAGUGUUCCACAAGAUCAUCACCACAGGCCAUCAGCGUUUGCAGCCUCUGUUUGACUGCCUGCUUACUAUUAUUGUAAAUGUUUCUCCCUAUUUGAAGAGUCUUUCUAUGGUGGCAGCAAAUAAACUGCUCCAUCUGUUGGAGGCUUUUUCCACCAACUGGUUCCUGUUCUCUUCGGCCCAGAACCAUCACCUGGUAUUUUUCCUUCUGGAGGCUUUCAACAAUAUUAUCCAGUACCAGUUUGAUGGAAACUGCAACCUGGUGUACGCCAUCAUCCGCAAACGAAAUGUAUUCCACCAGCUGGCCAACCUGCCCUCUGAUCCCGUUUCCAUCCAGAAGGCUUUGCAGAGGAAGAGGAAGUCCCCAGAUGUAAUUUCUCGCACAAGCUCCCAGGAGACGGUUUCCAUGGAGGGCUCCCACCCUGCGGUGCCGGCAGAGCCCGGUACACUCAAGACCAGCCUGGUCGCUAUGCCAGGCAUUGAUAAACUGACUGAGAAGUCACAGGUGUCAGAGGAUGGAACCAUGGUGUCUGUUUCAAAGACAAACUCCCCACACACAGUCCACUCAGACCAAAGCACCAUCACCGGGAUCAGUGACACAGAAUCAAAUUCAGGCCGCGACAAUGAAGAUGUUUUCUACACAGAAGCAGAAAUGGAGAGACGACGAUUGUCAAGUGUGUCUUCAACAUCCUACUGGGUCCCCACACCUGAAUGGGUCAUGUCCUGGAAGUCUAAACUACCCCUGCAGACAAUUAUGCGUCUGCUCCAGGUUUUGGUUCCCCAGGUGGAGAAGAUCUGCAUUGACAAAGGCCUGACAGAUGAGUCUGAGAUCUUGAAGUUUCUCCAGCACGGUACACUAGUGGGUUUGUUGCCGGUUCCUCAUCCCAUCCUCAUCAGAAAGUAUCAAGCUAAUGCGGGCACCGCCAUGUGGUUCCGUACCUACAUGUGGGGUGUGGUCUAUUUGCGCAAUGUAGAUCCUCCCAUCUGGUAUGACACUGAUGUCCGCCUUUUCGAGAUUCAACGGAUGUAGAUAAAAAAAAAAAAAGCUUUUUGACUGACAAACAGGACUACUAAUCCACAGAGAUUCUGAUCCCUUCAGUACUGCUGGUUUCCCGGUUAUCCUCAGUGUUUACGUUGCCUGGUGAUCUUUGGAAUGUUGGUUCCAUACACCACUCAACCUGUCUGAAAAAAAAAAUGGGAUUACGGAGGGAACUUCAUCUUCACUUUUCUUUCGACUUCAAGACAACAGAAUGUCGAAAAAGAGACGACUGAAAAAUGCAGGUUUAACUUAUAUUAUUGAUGUUCCCUCUUACCGUGUGACUAUACUUAAAAGUGAACUUGCACUUAUGAGCUUUGUGUUAUGGUUGUACUUUGUGACAGUGUAGGUCUUCAGGAUUAUGGAAUCCUGUCAUAAAUACGACCAGGUUUACAAUUUGAUGUUGAUAUACUUUGCAAUGCUUCAUGUUGAAAGUUGUAUUUUCCUCAAAUCCUGCAAAUAUAUUGAUAUGCGUCUGAA